AAAAAAAUCAGGAAUCCUUCUCACUAUUUCUAAACUCUGUUUUCUUGAUAAAUGGUUUGCCAUGGAUUUAUAGAGAAACCAAACCAGAGAUCACAUGGAUGUCAUAAACAUGGAAGGAGGAACCUGCAUCAACGUCAACAAUCCAGAUGUUCGGCUAUUGCUGUUGCAGCAGCCCUCAACAUGUCAAUCUUCACAUUCCACAACCGCCUCUUGCGUUGCGUCUCCAGGCUUUUCCGUCUAUCCACCAAAGGUAGCGCAACUCCUAGCCGCCGAGCCAUCAUGAAACAAGGCUACAAAAAGAUCAAGAAACACGAUCAUCAUCAUCAGCCCCUUCUGAGAAAACGCCAUGACAAGAAGAGGACGAUCUUUCUUGAUCUCGAUGAAACAUUGGUGCACUCGUCGAUGGAACCACCUCUCCGGGUUAAUGUCGACUUCAUGAUGAGGAUAAAGAUCGAAGGAGUCGUCACACCGAUGUAUGUGGUGAAACGACCAGGAGUUACCGAGUUUCUUGACAGGAUCGGUAAGAAUUACCGAGUGGCGGUUUUCACAGCCGGUUUGCCCGAAUAUGCUUCACAGGUUUUGGAUAAACUCGACAAGAACCGUGUGAUCUCGCAGCGGCUGUAUAGAGAUUCAUGCACGGAAGUGAAUGGGAGAUAUGCCAAAGACUUAUCAUUGGUGGCGAGGAGAGACCUCGGCAGUGUUUUGCUUGUUGAUGAUAACCCUUUCUCCUACUCAUUGCAACCUGACAAUGGAGUUCACAUUAAGCCUUUUGUGGAUGACAUGGAAGAUCAAGAACUCAUGAAGCUUGCUGACUUCUUCGAUGGAUGUUAUCAGUACGAAGAUCUAAGGGAUGCUGCAUCAGAACUUCUAUACAAGUACAACAAAGUGAUUUGCUGAGCAUAUAUAUAUAUCUAUAUAUUGCUUUUAUUUAAACUCUGCUUUCUUUUUUUUUUUUGUUGAUUUUCUUUGGCUAUUGGUAUUUUUUGCGUUGGAAAAGGAAUGCUUCAUUCCCUUUUCAGCGUUUUUACUUGCAUUAAAAAUGUGAUUGUAAAGUGUACUAUAACCAAAAAAAAAAUGUAAAAAGAAAAAAGGAAUAGUUUUGGACUAGCAGAUUAUCA